AUGUCAUCAUAUCACUCCUGCCCCGAUGACCUUUUCUCCGACGAAUCCAGUUUCUACGGCGAUGAAACAGAAAAAUCACGCCUAGAAGACCUCGCAGAUUCCUACGAUCCAGAACCAUACUGGUCCGAUGUCCAUCCUUACCUCCUCUCCACUAUCCAACAAGACCGUAUCGCAUCGGCAAAAGUAAAAGCAGAGCCUACUACAUCCGAUACAGACAUGAAAGACGAAGACUUAAUCCCACGACGAAAUAGCCGCGGCGCAAACGAAGCUACGCCAUCCUUCCUCUCUCGUCUCCCACCAUCCACAACUAAAAAGGAUGACAUCGGACCCUGGAUCUACGCAUACCCACAGAACAAACCCACGCCGGAGAACGAAGACAUCGCCUCCCUAGUCUCAGAAGGAAAGGAGCUUCUCUACGACUUCGAGAACAAGAAAACAACCCUAGAAGCCGAGCACGACAAAUCCGGCGCAAAGACGAAGGCAGGUCUAACGCGGAAACUCAACCCGCUGCGACGAACGCUCGAGCAGGAUCUUUUCACGCUUGCGCGGGAUACAGGCGUUACGUCGGGCAAGUGGAUGCUGUUUCCGACGGCGGAUCGGGUGGAUAGGUAUUGGGGGCUAAUUGCGGAGGCGACGAUUAAGGGGGGUUUAGGGAUUGCGGCUAAGGUUGCGACGGAUGAUGGGGAGGGGAAGGCGAGGUUGAUUGCGGUUUAUACGUAUGAUACGGCGGAUAAGGAGGAUGUGAAGAGGGUGUUGAUGAAGUUGGUGGAGUUUGGGUUGGUUAAUGAAGGUGAGAGGCCGAUUUACUACAAGAGUGAUGCGUUCACGUAUCUGGAGAUUCUGGGGAAUAAUUCAUAUGGGCUCAAGGCCAGUAUGUUCUCCAGCAAGGAUGUGUUGGCAGGGAAGUUUUGA